UUUCGGUAGUUUAUAUUUACCUAUGUAAUUUAUUGAUCAAACAAUUUCAUACAAAACGCGUUUUAUUUCGUAUUUAAAAUUGUCAUUUAAUGUCAAAGCAUUUUAAAUUGUUUUAAAUAGAUAUUUAUUUAAGUGCCAUAAAAGGGCUACAAAAUGGUAGGAGUAAAAAUUGUAGAACAGCGUCCAAAUGAUUUUAUUUACGAUCCCAUUUUUACUGUAUCGAGUGAUAAAGAUUUUUUAAAGGCGCAAAUGAAAUCAAGACUCUCCACGAUGCAACUUGCCAUAUGCCCUAUUUUUCCUACUAUGUUUUCCGAUUUAGCCCAAUAUCCAAGGCAACAAUUUGUCGUUCGGCAGCCGACUCUACCCGCAAUUUUUAAAAAUAUUACAGGUAUACGAAGAACUGUAGUAAGUUAUGAUUUUCCCAAAAACGUGGACAUUGAAGGAAGAGAUAGAUGCAAAUUCUUUAGUCGGCCUAAAAGUCCCAAAAUACCACCCCUUCCUUUAAAUGCAACUCGUCCCUGUUCUUGCCAGAGUAUUGAAAGUAGUGAUGAAAGCGAGUCUAGAGUAAAAUUAUGUGCCGACAUGGGAAUACAAACUCGUUACAGAGAAUCUUCAGCUCAAACUUCACCCUGGCAACCUGACUAUAAGCUUAUGGAAGAUUGUGAUCCCGAGAUAUUAAAAUUGGAUUUCUUAAAGUGGGGUAGCGGCUUGCCAGCUGGUGAACACGAAGUACAACUUAUACAAAGAGCUAGGAUGAAAAGGAAAUGGGAAGAAUCCAUGCCCCCCGUUAUCGACGAAGAAACAUUGAAAAAACGGCAAGAAAUUAUAAAAGCUAUCGAAAUUAACGAAUGGGCUUUUAGGGAUCAGGAAAUUCAGGACAUACAGGACUUAAGACUCGAACUUCUCGAGCAAAUGCUAAUCGAGUUGCACAAAAAAAGCAAAACUAGAUCGGAACAAAAACUUGAAUUCUAUACCAAAAUUAAGGAAGCAGAGAAAAAUGAAAAAAUAUCUAAAUUGAGGCAUCAUGCUCAAAGAGAACUCAGAAAAUUAAGAAUGCGAAAAGAAGGAAUAAACAAGAAAUUCGGUUAUGUGGACGUAGUUACAGAACAUGCGGAUAGAAAAUCGGAAUUGUAUGGGCCCCAAAUGAGACACGGGGAACAUCCAAAGAGAUGGCACCAAGUUAUUGACGAAAGGAUGAAAAUGUACAAAGCUCGUUUCAUAGGUGUCGAAAAUAUUCCGGUUACACCAGAUUGGAUAGACGAAAUUACAAAAUCGAAAAAAGAUUUUUCACCUGAACUUCCUGGCACACGUCUAUGCAUAAGGGAAACUAAAUGGACGAUACCAGUGUUAAAACAAUGGUACGAAGAACUAAAAAGUUUGAGGAUCGAAAAGAAGUCGAAGUGUACUUUGAGGGAAAAGUUAUUAGACAAACCGGAAACACCUCUUACUCCUGAUAUAUCAGGCAUUGACGAUGACUUUGAGCAUUUAUUCCAAGCGGUUAUUGUCCUGCAGAAAGUUUUGAAAGGAAGAGCUUCCCAAAUUUUGAUUUUUGAAGGUCGGGACACAUGCAGGGAGUUAAUACGUGAAUUACGAACAACACAUGGUUUAAGAAUGGAGGAUAAGCAGGAGAAACAGGAACAACGCCUUGAAGUAAUGUCUCAGCAAAGAGAUCGAAAGAAUUGCCAGAUAAAGAUUGAUACAGUACAAGAAGAUUUAGCUAGACUUGCCGGUGGUAUCGUCGGAACUCUGUUAGACUUCCUAAAUAAAGCCUUACAGAAACUUCUAGACGAAAGAAAGGCUCAUGCACUUUGCUUAUAUAUUGAAAGGGAACGUGCAAAAAGGGAAGCCGCAGAAGCUGGCCGUAGACAAAAAGAAUUGCGGAGGAUGAAAGAACAUGACGAAAUGUUCAAACAGAUAGUAAAAAUCCAUCAAGAAACAGUGGAUCUUUACCUGCAAGACAUAUUGGUAGAAGGAAUGGAGUUUUCUUCGGACGAUGAUGCUAAAUAUUACAUUAAAAAGUUAGCUGACCAAGUCGAUGACGAGGCAUUUAACAGCCAAAAAAGCCCCAAUAUAUUGGAGGAAGAAGAACUAAUAGCUGAUCUUUUUCAUAACUUUGUAUUGCCGGAUGUAGAAAAGAAAAUUUUAAGAGAGAAAAUGAGGAAAAGACAGCAAGCACGACUGAGAUCUGUUCAUGAUGAAAUUUACAAUAGAGUGGAUGUAUUGGACUUCUCUAAGGAGGAAAGUGAAAUAGAACCUCUUCCCGAAGAUAUGCUGGCCCAAAUUCUGGAGUACCUUAAAGAACAAGAAAAAGGACCGGCUUUGGAAGGCGAAGGAGUGACAGAUACACAUCCUGUUGUUGCUGACUCUUGGUCUCAGCAACACCAAAUAUUACUGGAGAGUAUAGCCACUGAGGUAGAACAAAUUCUGGAAGCUGUCACUGUUUCCACAGUAGUAGAACCAACUACUCAAGAAUUACAAGAAGAAAUUGUUGAUACUGAUGAAGUAAUAAAAGAAGAAACCGUUGAUGCUCCAGAAGUAAAAGAAGAAAUUGUUGAUACUUCAGUGAUAAAAGAAGAAACUGUUGAUGCUCCAGUGACAAAAGAAGACACUGCUGAUGCUUCAGAAACAAAAGAAGAACCUAAAGAAAAACCUGCUGAAAAGGAAGAGCCGAGUGCUGUGACCGAAUCAGAGAACCAAUGAGUUACAUCCCAAUUUUUUAUUAGAUAAUACAAUCAAGA